AUGUCAGAAUCUCCAUUAUCAAACACCCUUCUCUUCGAACCCAUCAAAGUCGGACACGCCACCUUAUCCAACAGAAUAGUCUACUGUCCCACCACCAGAUUCAGAGCCGCCAGUGAACAUCCCCAUGUCCCUAAUGCACCACGUCAUAUUCCCCUGGACUUAAUGCAAGACUAUUAUGUCGACCGAGCCCAAUAUCCAGGAACAUUAUUAGUCACUGAAGCCACGUUGAUCUCAGAUCGUGCUGGUGGAUAUGAUGGAUGUCCCAAAAUCUCCACGGCUGAGGAAGUACGUGGAUGGAAGAAGAUUGUGGAUAGUGUGCAUGAACGUGGAUCAUUAUUGAGUUGUCAGUUAUGGUUUUUGGGUAGGGUUGGGUUUCCGCACAUUUUAAAGAGUCGUGGAUUGGAUUUAUUAGCCCCAUCGGCGAUUUAUGAAGAUGAUAUCAAGAGAAAAAUGGCCGAAAAGGCGGGGAUGAAGUUGAGAGCGGUUACCGAGGAAGAGAUUAAGGAUAUUAUAUAUCAUGAUUAUACUAUUGCUGCUAAGAAUGCCAUGGAGGCCGGGUUUGAUUAUAUUGAAUUACAUGGAGCUCAUGGAUAUUUCAUUGAUCAAUUCUUGCAUGAAUGUUCAAAUCAAAGAACUGAUAAAUAUGGAGGUAGUAUUGAGAAUAGAUGUCGGUUUGUUUUGGAAUUGAUUGAUCAUUUGAUUGAGGUUGUUGGUGCUGAUAGAUUGGCGAUUAGACUUUCUCCAUGGGCGGAAGUUCAAGGGAUUGAGGAAGAUGGGAAUCCGAUUCCGACUUUUUCAUAUUUGUUGGAUCAAUUACAAAGAAGGGCUAAUCUGGGGAAGGAAUUGGCAUAUGUUUCAGUAGUUGAACCUAGGGUGCAAGGAACUGUUACGGCCGAUAUUAAUUCGAUGAAGGGGGAUAAUAAGUUUGUUGAACAGGUUUGGAAGGGGACUAUUUUAAGAGCUGGGAAUUAUACUUACGAUGCUCCUGAAUUUAAAUCUAUUAGAGAAGAUGUUGCUAAUGGAAGAACAUUGGUUGGAUUUUCGAGAUUUUUUACUUCAAAUCCUGAUUUUGUUUAUAAGUUGAAGAAUAAUCCAAAAUCUUUGGUUCGUUAUGAUAGAAAAACUUUCUAUGAGGCUCAUAAUUGGGGAUACAAUACUUACGUUAAUCAUGGCGAGGAUAAUACGUUUGAAGAACAUGUUGAAAAGAAGAGAUAUCCAAAGAUCAUUACCAAUAGAGACGCAGCUAACUUAUAA